AUGUCAAAUUCAAACUUAAUUAUGGAUCCUGAUAAAGAAAUUGCUGAAGAUGAUUCAAGCCGUGCACGUAUCGUCGCAUUCGCAGUGCGAGAAGCCUGUGCUAUUGCUUACAAAGGACAAACUCAACAGAAUUGGGAGAGUGCUUGCAAUGUUAUAAUGCAAAAUAAUUUGCUUACUGAUAAUGAAAAGGCCACAGUAAUCGCUUUACUACAGCAACGUGCUAGUUAUAACAAAACAUAG